AUGUCCAUCCAUUCUGAAGUCAUUCAAAUUCAAACCCAGUUCAUCUCAUAUCACAAGACCCGAUACCCAGCAUCUUUAACCUGUUCUUUUGAUUUAAUGGUAGUGUUCUCAAUAUCCGGCCCCAAAAAAGAAUCAUUAUUUUUAUCACCAGCCAUGAAAUGCGCCUCGUACUAUCAUUCCAUGUCAUGCCACGCUUCGAGAACUGCCGUUACUGCUGGCGGCACUCGAGCACAUGUCAAGAGUGGCCACAGACUUGAUAAGUAA